AUGUCUGCUGUUCAACUUAAGUUCUCCCUUCGGACUUCCUCCAAUGUGAAGACCGUCCAUCUUCUCGGCUCCUGGGAUAACUACUCACGCCAGAUCCCCCUCUCCCGGGAUGAUUCCAAGCCAGGCGCAUGGAUUGGAAAAUUCCGCUUCCAGACCUCGAUGCUCAAGCUGGGCGGCCGCUAUUGGUAUUACUAUAUCAUGGAUGGGUACCAUGUUUCCCAUGAUCCCGCCGUCGACUACACCGUGGAACCCACUACUGGCCGUAAACUCAACAUCCUCGACGUCCCCGGCGGCAAGAAGUCGUCGGCUCAGUCGUCGGCACCCAAGACCCGACGAACGUCCGGAAACAUAGUCACCGGCCGGGCUUUGUCUCCAUCUAAGAUCCAGCACCCGAAGCCGUCUAAGCCGUACGCGUCUCGGCAAAUCCGCGAGACAGACUUUGCACCCACCAUGGAAGACCUCACCAAGCGCUUUGCGGGCUCUCGCUUGUCUGACGAGUACUCGUACUCAAACAGCCCACCCAGCUCCGUUGGCUCGUCCCUGUCAUCCCGGUCGUCGGGCAGCACUUCGCCCUCGUCGCUCUCGUCCAUGAGUGACCCGCCCGCGCCCGUUUGCCGUUGUGAACGCUACGGAAUCACACGCAAGGGCGACCGCGUCAAACUCGACUGCGGUGGAAGCCGGUGUGGCUACGUCACCGAGUCCUCCGAGGCUAGCUGCUCUGAGUCCGACAGCGACGAGGAAUAUCGUCGAGCUCGGAGCGCCGUCCGACGCCAAGGCAUCGUGGUCCGUCGUUAA